UUAGAAUGUUGCACUGGAGCUCUUGGCCUGUUCUUUGGAUCCAUUACUGUUAAAAACGAAUUUAUGAUGUAGGAAUGCAGCAAAAUCCGCGGUGAUUCAUUAGAGGCAUUUUUGGAGCUUGUUUUUCAUAUUUAACUGACAUACACAGCAUACAGAUGAUGAAUGUAGCAUCCUACAUGAAAAGGAUAGGAUAUAAUGGCACCUGCGAGCCAACCUGGAAAACUCUGCAACAGAUUCACAAACAGCAUCUUUUGUCUGUGCCCUUUGAGACCAUCAGCAUCCACUGUGGAGAGAGAAUCACCUUGGAUCUCCAGCUUCUGUACAACAAGAUUGUCCUGCAGCACAGAGGAGGAUUUUGCUUUGAGCUCAAUGGCUUGUUCAGUUGGCUGUUGAGAGAGCUGGGUUUUCAGGUAAUACAAAUUUCUGGCCAAGUCAGAAACAGAUUCACAAAACGUUAUGGACGUCCAAAUGAUCAUUUAAUCCUUUUGGUGGAACUAGAUGGUCAGAAAUGGCUCUGUGAUGUAGGGUUUGGUGAGGGUUUCAGGUCUCCUUUCCUGUUAAGAUCCAAUGAAAAACAAGUUGAACAUGGUAGUUUCCGUCUUUUUCAGGAUGGAGAUACCUGCUACUUAGAAAAGCUCCCCAAACCUUUGGCUCUUGGCAAUGGAGAUGCCAUCUGGACUACAAUUUACAAGUUUACCCUAGCCAGCCACCACCUUGAAGAUUUUAGAGCAAUGUGCAACUAUCAUCAGACAUCCCAGAGCUCCAUUAUGGUCUGCAAAUCCUUUUGUACUCUGCACCUGCCUAAUGGAAUGAUCACAUACAUUGGAAGGAAACUAAUAGUAACACAAUGUGCAGGAGAAUUUUGUACAAAAAUACAGUCUGAGCUGGAGGAAAGUGAGAUUCCAAAAAUCCUGCAGGAGAGGUUUGGAAUAACCCUGACCAACCUGUUUAUUCCAAAAGAUAUGAACAUUGUGCCUCCACCAGUUGAAUGGUAAUGGCAUAUCAUAAAUGAAAAAUAAACACAGAACAUGCAAACAGCAGAGUCAGACUAUUCAUAUACAUCUUUAUGUACACGUUACUUAUGGUAAGAUCCACAA